AUGGCCUUCUCGGCGCCCGUGGGCUACGUCUGCGCGUUGGGCGCCGUCGUCGGCUUCGGGUCCAACUUCAUCCCCGUCAAAAAAUACGACACGGGCGACGGCAUGUUCUACCAGUUCGUCAUGUGCUGCGCCGUCAUGUGCUGCGCCCUCGUGCUCAACCUCAUCAUGUCCGACUCGUCCGUCGCCUUCUCGAAGGACGCGGGCCUCGUCGUCGCGCUCAAGUCGCCGCCCUUCGUGCCCCUGGCCAUGCUCGGGGGCUUCAUCUGGGCUUCCGGCAACGUCAUGUCGGUGCCGUGCAUCAACUUCAUCGGCAUGUCGCUGGGUUUGCUGAUCUGGGGCGCGACGAACAUGGUCGUCGGCUGGGCGUCGGGCCGCUACGGUCUGUUCGGGCUCAACAAGGACGCGAUAGCCAAUCCCGCGCUCAACUACGUCGGCGUCGCCUUGGUCCUCGUGUGCCUCGGCCUCUUCACGCGCGUCGAGACGAAGACGCGCGCGGACCUCCUGCGGGAGGCCGACGGGUCCCUCGACGAAACCCUGCUCGUCGACGAGGCCGGCGACGCCAAGGUCGUCGAGAAGCCGGGGCUCUUCGGCGUCGGCACAAACGCGCGCCGAACCGCGGGCAUCGCCAUGGCCGUCGUCUCCGGCGUCUUCUACGGCUCCAACUUCGACCCGCCCCAGUACGUCAUCGAGCGCCACGCCGACGACGACGUCCGGGGCCAGGUGCUGAACUACGUCUUCAGUCACUUCACGGGCAUCUUGCUGACGUCGUCCUUCUACUUCGCGGCCUACUGCGCCUUCAAGGUCUGCCGGGGCGACGCGCCGGACGUGCGGCGCGAGCUCGUGGGCCCGGCCUUUUUGUCGGGCUUGAUCUGGGGGCUGUCGGACAUCUGCUGGUUCGUCGCGAACGAGGCGCUGUCCUUCUCCGUGUCCUUCCCUCUGGUCACGUCGGGCCCGGGCUUCGUCGCCGCGGCCUGGGGCAUCUUCGUCUACGGCGAGAUCUCCGGCGCGGCGAACUUCCGCGUCCUCGGGCUCGCCUUCGUCAUUUUGGUCGUCGCCUGCGCGCUCAUCGUCGUCUCGAAGAACUGA